UCCGUUUUCAAACGCAAAGCGGACUAGACGUCAGUUGCCGGUACGCGCGUUCGUGUCUCGAAACACUAUCGUUCGUAUUUUGACAGUUCCGGAAUAACGCGGUUGAUUGGAAUUUCGAUUGUUUUGGUUAAAUUUAUCAACGAUUCGUAACUAUUUGUGUGUUAACUGUAUUGUGAGUUGUAUUAACAAGUGUUUGCAAUAUUAUUUUGGCAAAUAAAUAAAGAAAUUCAACCUACAUCCAAAACGCCGGUUGCAAAGAGAAAGUUCAUACUCACUGUUUACGAACUGUGGACAAAGCUAUUUGGGACGCAUUUUUUCGGAGUUUUCUUGAGCCGCGUGGAUAAUUGAAAAAGUUUUGCACGCUUAUGGGAACGGGGAAACCUAUAAGCAUAAAUAUACCGGAAGAUUUAUUAUAGAAGUCCUUUCGCUUUGAUGGUGAUUAAUGGUGUGUGAUGAUGCGACUUGAGGGGCUCUGAAAGGUUCGCGUAUGGAUUUUCUGGGCUUUAUGAGGGAGAGGAGGUCUUUUCCAGUGAACGAAGUGGCUCUUAAAAGUGAGAAGGAUGGUGGUGGACGGAAUUUGGUGGUGAACUCGGUGCUGUGUGGGGUUGUAGAUGAACUGUCCAACGGCAGGACCAGGCGAGGGUCGUGGGUUCGACACGCCGUCAUGGGUGUACUCAGGUGGAAGGAUUUGACAGGGGUCCGGACUGGAUCUCCUACUGAACAGAAAGAGGUGUCCCGACCGACCGAUCGUCGGCCCGUCUCCGUAGGCGCGGCCAGCUCUGGCAGGCAUUCGUACCUGCAGGACAGAGUCCCGGAGCCCCAUGGCCCGCCGUCCUCGCCUGGUGCGGUCGCCGCACAACGACGCAACGCCGCCGCUUGCCAGGCUAGCCGGCUAUUGCUGGAAGAAACUUUGGCUAGGCCAGGAACACCCCCCACUAUAGUGCAGCCGCCCAAUGGUGGCUACUGGGUGGAGGGAGGGGAAGACAGUUCGGUGGACGAGGAAAGUGAGCCACGGCCACAGCCGGGUACACCUCGCCAGUCGUCGCGAAGGCACAAUAUCGAUACAGAUGACACCGCCAAGUUCUACAGGAAGUUCUUCUUUGGAAAGGAGCACAUCAACUUGGUUGGGUUCGACUCGAACCUGGGACCGGUGGUGAUGUCUCUGAAGAACGACCACAUGGCUGGCCAGGACCACACCAGGAUACUGCUGAGGCUCAGGUCGACAACUAUGCACGGACUUAUUCCUACACCAAAUUCAGGGAUAAUGCCAUCACCGCUACGGAUGGCCAAAAUGGUGAACGACCAAGUGAACGUGGACAACUUCAUGGCGGUCAUGUGCCUCAACGCGUCGUCCCUGAUCGCUGCCUUCGACGAGCACGUGUUAGUCAACACGUUCAAGUUCGGCGUGCUCUACCAGAAGUAUGGACAGACGACAGAGGAGGAACUAUUUGGGAACAAUGAAACGUCGCCCGCAUUUAACGAGUUCUUAGAAAUACUCGGCCAGAGGAUCAUCCUGCGAGAUCAUAAAGGCUACCGAGGUGGGUUGGACAUAAUGAACGGGCACACGGGCACGGAGGCGGUGUACGAGCGGUUCUACGAGCGCGAGAUCAUGUUCCACGUGGCGCCGCUGCUGCCGCACACGGCGGGCGACGCGCAACAGCUGCAGAGAAAACGGCAUGUGGGGAAUGACAUCGUGGCCAUUGUUUUUCAGGAAAAAGCGACUCCGUUCACUCCAGACAUGAUCGCGUCACACUUCCUGCACGCUUUCAUUGUGGUCACGCCCGUUGAGACGGCUGAUGGAGAGACCAGGUACAAAGUAGCAGUUACGGGUAGACACGACGUACCAUUCUUCGGUCCUACCCUCCCCCAACCACCAAUAUUCAAGAAGGGGCGAGAACUGAAGGAAUUCCUCCUCACCAAGCUCAUUAACGCCGAGAAUGCGUGUUACAAAGCUUUCAAGUUCGCUGAACUAGAGCAAAGGACCAGAGCGUCGUUGCUACAAGGAUUGGCGGAGAAACUGAAGGAGAAAACCGUCGAGUUUCUUGGUAGGGGGGCGACGAACGAGCCUGGUGCCGUUUCUCCCCAACCAGAAGGGACGCCGAAGCAAGAAGGGACUGGAGGCCCUGGAUCGAAGUUUUUCGAUACAGUCAGAAAAGUCCUAAAUCCUAAAGUCAGAUCACCGAGUGUAGACACAAAUCUAUCUGGCGACAGCAGCAAGAACAAUGCAUUGAACAAGAAAAUUAAUAAUUUACACGACACACCCACACCUAACAGUGGCCGCUCUAAGUCGUCCAUCGCGUCGUCAUCGGCGAGCGCGGUGUCGGUGCGGUCGGCGGGCGGCUCGGGAGAGUCCAGUCCCGACGUGACGUCACGCGUGGCGCCGCCCCGCGCGCCGCUUCACGACCACAGUGACGACUCCAGCCUCAACUCCGUUGAUCUAGACCCUCUUGGUGCAGUAUACGUAGACAGUGACACGGGGCUGGAGUCGAUGUCUUCGGCCGAGGCUGGCGCCCGCGAGCAGCACACCACGCCGCGCGACGCCGACCAGCUGAGGCAGGAAGUGUGCCGCCUCAAGAACGACAAGCUGGACCUGUUGAAACAGAAUAUUACAUGGCAGAACGAAAUUAAAUGCCUGAGAGAGCGAGUCAUAACACUACAGACAGAACUAACAGCUGCACUGAAAGACAGGCGGCAUCGCGAGCAAACCACCAUCAUCCCCAACCCAUCCACUCACGACUCAACAGCCUGAGGGAAACGGAAACAUGAAAGACAUUAGCAUUUAAGGUUCAUUUGUGGGCUUAUCAAUGUUUAGCGUCUUUGAAAUAAACCUCUAUCUUAGAAUUAGCGCUAUAAAUGUGUAGCGUUUACUUUUGUUCUAAGUUUGUAAGCAGCGCCAUCUAGCUUUUGGUACGUGAGUUAUGUUCGAUGAAUGCGACAUCUAGCGGAUGGACGAUGAAUGAUUAGAAAAUUUUGCAUUGAUUGCAAAUUGAAGUGAAUAUUUGAACACGAAACUUUAACAAUAACGUAAUAGUUUAUCAAUGUAUGAUAAUAGGUAUCCUUAGUAAUUCUAGUAUCUUUGGUAUCAUCUCACUACUUUAGUAAGAUUUCCUUACUGAUUUUAUAUGUAUUGAUAAACUAUUAAUUUGUAUCCCGUGGUUUAAAAAAUAGUGUGGUCCUUUUUAAAUUGGGGUCUACGGAAAGGAAAAGCUUGAUUUUUUAUCAAAUAGUUAAAGUUUUGUGCAAUAUUGGAAUUUUAUUGACGGAACACAAUGUAUGUAUUAUAUUAUUGUAGUAUAACUAAGUCUUUAUUCGCUAUGACAAGGGCAAUUUGUGACGUAAACUUGACGCUUCUUAUAACAUGACGUCAUAAAAUACAUUUCGUGAUUAUUUGCGAUGUCACUGAGAAUUAUUCGACUUGGAAUUGUGCAAUAAUAAUUUUUGUUUUUUUUUAUUUACAAUAGCUUACCUUUUAACAAGGUAUUUGAUAUAGUAGGUACAUGUAGUACAUUUUUUAUUUUAUAUUUCAGUCCACUUUUCAAUUAAAAGAAAAUAUCUUGAUCGAAUUAAGAAUCGCUAUUAUUUUAGCCAAUAUUUAAGUUAUAUUAUAUACGAAUUUGUAUAUAUUAUAGUACCAUAUAGUAUAAUUAUAACUAUAUUUCGUUUUGAACUUUAAAAAAUAAAUACGCAUUGCAAUACAAUUUAAAAAUAUUAUUUCUUCUAUAAAUAUAGCAAAUAUUAUUUUAAAUUCAAUGUACCUUUUCUUUUAAAUUAAAGAAAAUUUAUCCAGGAAUACAAGUUUCUUGCUUAUGAAACUUCAAAAACGUUAGACAAUGGUAUUAACAUUUUGAAGUAGAUUAAAAAAACUUAAAUUUAGUUUAAAAAUUCUGUACAAUGUGCAUAAAUGUUUGUAGAACGGAAUUUCAAUGUUAAACAUAAUUAAGAAAUUGGUUCUUUAUUUAUUAUAAAAAAAUGUGUUAUCUGCAUACGUAUUUAGAAUACGAACUUAAAACAAAGAAAAUGUAGCGUAUAUGUAUAUUAUCUUCUCAAGAUAUACCUUAGAUUAGAGAAAAAAACGGUACCUACAAAACGAAGCCUUUACUAUUUAGAAGCCUAUACUUACAUGGUGCAUUAGACGAAAAAAAAAACUUAUGAUAAAUAUCUUUAUAGUCUAUAGAAAUUGUAAUAAGUGUUAGAAUUUCUAUUUUAUAUGUAUUUUUUCGUAUAUUUCUAGCAGUUUUUUUUUCUGUGCAAUGAUUAUUGUGUUCUGAUUAUCGAUUUGAUAGAAAAAAUCUUUGAUGUACGACUUUUCGAUCGAAAGUAACAAAAAGGUAAUAACGAAUUUUUACGUAAAAUACGAUUGUCGACAGUAACUCCAUCUAUUAUCAGCUGAAGCAAAUAAACAUUACAGUUUAGCCAACAUUCACAUCUGUAAAUAUUCAUUAAAAUACAGUCUUAGACUAAUUAAUCAGUAUUUUUCUUAAUUUAUGCUUGAUGUAAGAGUCUGUUUAGAGUGUCUUCGAGUUUGAUUAUGUUUUGUUGUUUAUAAUUAAUAUUUUAUACCAAAGUUAACAUUCCCCACUAAAUAGAGAGUAGUUUUUUUUAUAUAAUUACCAUAGAAGAGAUGAAUCAGUAUUUUGAAUCAUUAAGUUGACAAGCGCGCUAACAUAUUUCUAAGUUUACAUUUAGUUUUAAUUAUUAAAUGUAAUCAUUUAGAUCUUUGUUUGACUGUUGAUUAUGAUUAUAAGUUAAUACUAACUGUUGAUUCUUCUCCUAGACUUAAACCAAAUAUUGCGAGCGCGGAGCGUUAGAGAUAUAAUAUAGUGGCGUGCACUUCAUAUACGCAGAGAAGCACUGCUUACCCUCGAGUUUUUUUAUGUAUCAAAAUCAACCAGAAGUUAGGUAAUUUUUUGUUUCAUCUAUUUUCCUCCCUAGUGCCUACCUUGAUCAAAUAAAUCAGCACGCCACUGUAUAAUUAGUUAUAAUUAUAAGAGAUACUAUUGAAAUAUAUAAAUAGUUAAUUACUAAAUAAA